AUGUCUCUUUGCUGCAGCAGCUUGGUUCUGGCGCCUCUGGCCAAGUGCACCGCGAAGUUAAUCGCUAACACUGCUAGCAGAAAUGACCCUGUAGCAUCCGGUUUUGCUUUCCAGGUAUUCAAGACAGCGUCGCGGGGUGCUGCCUUCGCUGUGAAGAUCCAGAGGAAGCAGCGUGUCAGCUUGUGGGCGGCUGAAGAAG